AUCACCGAUAUUUUCCUCUUACAAGGCAAGUGCAUUUGACCUCUUUCCCAGAGAAAUCUCACAGCACUUCCACACAACACUUCCAAACACUUCAAGGAUAGCGUUCUUUUGGAAAGGCAGCAAUCAUGGUAGCUGUCAAGUCUCUUUGCAUGCUUGCAUGCCUCACCAACAUCAUCACAUGCAACCCCAGCGAAGUCACAAAAACAAAACAUCCACCUCCACGUCAAUUCAUCACCACAACCUACCCUACAUUCCCAACCACAAGAAUGGACCCAGGAUCCGAGCUACAGACGACCAAUGUCCGUUAUGGACACUACACAUACAAUCCCCAAAAAGGGCCUCGUAAUACUACUAUUCCUGCCUUCUGCACUACAGAGUAUUUCCAGCCUCCGCCUAUGGAGUUCGGUCCAACGAAGACACAACAUGUACGCACAACUACGCGCACGCGACUACUGGCUUGUGGAGGCUGUUCCUUAACGGUUUUGAAUCCUUUCCCUGACGAUACGGGAUUGCCGUUUACGACGACUGUUAGUACUAUGGCCACUAGAACGAUCCAUAGGGUUGUGUGCUCGUCUGAAUCAACAAAGCCAUCUGGUUCUUCGCCCCCGAUUAUGUGUCCAACUGAUGAGGAAAUUCCAGGAUGUAAGUCUGAUUGUGUUUAUCAUUCGACAUUUUUGGGCCACCUGGGUUUUGUGCUUUGUGGUUGUUCAAGAAUUUCUCGGAAUGGAUCUCAUUAUCCCUGUUUGAGAUAAUGGGGUUGGUAGGAAUUGAUUGUCUUGUGGGCUCUUGAAUAAUGGAAUUCAAUGUCGUAAAAGCUCGAGAAGCUUUUACGUAGGCUAACUCCAAGAUAUAGGUACAACGACAGCGUCCAUUAGUGAUAUGAGAGAACCUUCAGCAGGUACUCGUCCCCAUCCACCGACCGCAACUACAGUCGAAACUCGAAUUAUCCGCAGUUUUCCAUCCGCAUGAAAGUUCUUCGCAAAAGUGGAUUGGGAAGCUCUGAAGUAGCAGGAAUAGUGGGUUGCUUUUGAUAUUCUCGGGAGAUAUGGAACAGAAUAUGGGAAGUCCUUGCGUUUUCGUUAUCCGACACUUGAUUUUGAUGUUUGCGCCAGUAAUACUCGACUCCCUUACUUUCUUGACAGGGACAGGUUAUUCUCUAUUAAGAUACGGGAGGACCGAUAGUAUUUCAUAGAAAUUGAAAUGCAAUAUUGAGAAAAAAA